CUUCUGCAAGAACAGCCAGUGCUCUUAACCACUGAGCCAUCUCUCCAGCCCCUGCCUCCACAUUCUUGAACCCCACCCCCUGCAUUUGGUCUUUAGGGCCCAGCUUCUUUUUGACUUUUUCCCCACUUCUGUAUUACCUCCCAUAUUUCUGGGGAUCUGCCACCUUUGCUUGAUGCUGGGUUCACCUGUACCAUUCUUGGAUGCUCACAAUCCUACUCUCUCCACUGGUAAGAGGUAUCUCUUUGCUCUUCUUAAAAACACCUGUUGGAUGGGUGAAUCUCUGUGAGUUCAAGGCCAGCCUGGUCUACCUAAUGAAUUUCAGGCCAGCUGGGGCUACAGGGAGACCCUGUCAAAAAGAACAAAACAAAACAAAAAGACCCCACUUAUUUCUCUCAAGCAAUCUUCUGAUCGUGUUAAGGCUGUCAACCACACUGAUGCCCUGGCCUCUUCUCAAGUUCCCUCCACUUGAACUCCAGCUGUAUGAGGUCUUGCCAGUUCUUCCUGUAACCCUGCUCAGGCCUCCCAGCUGGUUCCAACCCUCAGGCCAUUCACCCUCCACACUGCCAGUCUCAGUUGUUCAUCACCUUGCACUCAGAAUGAGAGAAGGGGGCAAUGCUUCAGGGAGGAGGGGGUUUCAAGGUUGAGAGCUAGCAGGCUGACGUAUGCCAUGGCAGUGGGCAAAGUGGGAAUGAGAGAGGCUGAAAGCACAAAGUUUAAGGAGGCCUGGCUCUUUGGGUAGUGCACCUGCCCAUUCUGCACUUUAGUUUUGUACUAGGUGCCUCUUGUGCCCCAGACUGGUGCUAGCCUACGUAUAGGCACACACUGACCAGGAGGAGGAAAGUGGCAAUGUGCCAUUAUCUAUAUCUAUACCUGUGGGGAUAUGCACUGAGAAAAUGGAUUUCUACAAUGGCAGUGGACCAGCUUGAUAGUGAAUUUAUCCACCACCUAGAACCAUAAUGCUUAGUGUGACCAGAAGUUAAUGAAGGACAAAUGUAUGGACAGCCUCCCAUGGUCUGGGUUUGAUAGAAAGGCUACAAUGUUAGAACUAGGUAUCUGGGUAGUAGGAAGUCUGCAGAGCAGACAAGGGGAUGCAAUGUGGACCCCUUAAUAGGGAAGAAGGGUGCCUGCUUUCUAAGGGGACUAAGGGUUAAAGGUCUGAAGGCUGGCCCACUUUCAUCUCUGGCACAUGUGAUCUCUGGCACACUUAUGUAUUUGAGCUAUUUGAGCUUUUGGCUAAAGUGACUGCCUGGUGCCCCUACCUACCUGGGUUAUGCAGAUCUCUGCGGCCGGUGUUUCAAGGUGCUGACUUGAGACAAAAGAACCAGGAAGCAAACAAAACCUCUUAGCACAGGAAAUCCGAAGCCUUGCUCCCCCUUCUGUGGGCCAGCUUUGAGGGAGGGAGAACUCUCUGUCAACCAAGCAGGGUCAAGGUCCAAAGGGAAGGGGUGGAGGAAUGGCUAAUCCAAGAACUCUUCCUGGUGGUACAGGAUUCUUAGCGGGGUUGGGCAGGCUUAGGAUCCUCAGGGGUCAUUACUGGUUGUGCAAGCCCCGCCCCUCCGCCCACCUGUGGGAAAAGCUGGGCGGGAGGCAGCGGGCUGCUGGCCCUGCUGUGUCCCUAUUCCUGUGUCUCUGCUCCAGCCUCUGGCAACUUGGGAACCUCCGCCAGAGUAUUGACCUCAGAGAGUGUGGCUUUUUCAGGCCAAGCCCCCAUGAGGCCGGGUUAGGAAGAUCUCCAGAAGCGCUCCUUUGCCACCUGCUGCAGCCGCAACCCGGAGAAGAAAACUAUAGUCCGGGAUGGCUCGGUCGGCACGUCCAAAAUUGCGCAGCUGGUUCAGGCCGAGCCCCGACUGGGAGAGUGAGCCAUAUGGCCCCCGCAGACUUGGCCUGGGAGGGUCCCAAGCUUGAGGACCCGUCAGCCCCCCACCCCCUUGAAAAGUGCCCUUCUGGCUUAGUCAUGGCGAAGCUGGAGACACUACCUGUGCGUGCUGACCCAGGGAGGGAUCCUCUCCUGGCCUUUGCCCCACGGCCUUCUGAGCUUGGACCUCCAGAUCCCCGCCUGGCCAUGAGCAGUGUGGGCAGUGGGGUGGCCCAUGCCCAGGAGUUUCCUAUAAAAAGUGUGGGCACCCGCACAGGGGGUGGGGGCAGCCAGGGCAGUUUCCCUGGUCCCCGAAGCGGUGGUGGUGGGGUCAGUAGGGAGAGACCUGGCCGCUACCCCUCAGAGGACAAGGUUCUCACCAACUCUCUCUACCUCAAUGGCGAGCUUCGGGGCAGCGAUCACACAGAUGUCUGUGGCAAUGUGGUGGGCAGCAGUGGUGGCAGCAGCAGCAGUGGGGGCAGCGACAAGGCUCCACCACAGUAUCGUGAGCCCAGUCACCCACCCAAGCUCCUGGCCACCUCUGGCAAACUAGACCAGUGUUCAGAGCCACUAGUUCGGCCAUCAGCCUUCAAGCCUGUUGUACCCAAGAACUUCCAUUCCAUGCAGAACUUGUGUCCUCCACAGACCAGUGGGACCCCUGAGGGACGGCAGGGCCCUGGUGGCCUCAAGGGCGGACUGGAUAAAUCUCGGACCAUGACCCCAGCGGGUGGGAGUGGGGGCGGCCUCUCAGACUCGGGCCGGAAUUCCCUCACAAGCUUGCCCACCUAUAGCUCCAGCUACAGCCAGCAUCUGGCACCCCUCAGUGCUUCCACCAGCCAUAUCAACCGUAUCGGCACUGCCAGCUAUGGCAGUGGCAGCAGUGGGGGGUCAGGUUACCAGGAUCUGGGGACCUCUGACAGUGGGCGCGCCUCCAGUAAGAGUGGGUCAUCAUCCAUGGGGCGGUCAGGCCACCUGGGAUCUGGGGAGGGCGGAAGUGGGGGCCUGCCAUUUGCAGCCUGUUCACCACCCUCGCCCAGUGCACUGAUCCAGGAGCUGGAGGAGCGGCUGUGGGAGAAGGAGCAGGAGGUGGUAGCGCUACGGCGCAGCUUGGAACAGAGCGAGGCAGCAGUGGCCCAGGCGCUGGAAGAGCGGCAGAAGGCAUGGGAGCGUGAGCUCGCUGAGCUUCGGCAGGGCUGCAGUGGAAAGCUGCAGCAGGUGGCCCGCCGUGCCCAGCGUGCCCAGCAGGGCCUACAGCUGCAGGUGCUGAGGCUACAGCAGGACAAAAAACAGCUGCAGGAGGAGGCAGCCCAGCUGAUGAGGCAGCGGGAAGAGCUAGAGGACAAGGUGGCCGCCUGCCAGAAGGAGCAGGCCGACUUCCUGCCCCGGAUGGAGGAAACUAAGUGGGAGGUGUGCCAGAAGGCUGGUGAGAUUUCCCUCCUGAAGCAGCAGCUGAAGGACUCGCAGGCUGAUGUGUCGCAGAAGCUCAGUGAGAUCGUGGGACUGCGCUCACAACUGCGGGAGGGUCGGGCCUCACUGCGGGAGAAAGAGGAGCAGCUGCUCAGCUUGAGAGACUCCUUCAGCAGCAAGCAGGCCAGCCUGGAGCUGGGUGAUGGCGAGGUGCCCACUGCUUGCCUCAAGCCUGCACUGACCCCCGUGGACCUGGCCGAACCCCAGGAGGCGCUGGCCUCCUGUGAGAGUGAUGAGGCCAAGAUGCGCCGACAGGCUGGGGUAGCAGCUGCUGCCUCCCUGGUUUCCAUGGAUGGGGAGGUGGAUGCUGGGGGGGAGAGUGGGACACGGGCCCUGCGUCGAGAGGUGGGGCGACUGCAGGCUGAGCUGGCUGCUGAGAGGCGGGCCAGGGAGCGCCAAGGUGCCAGCUUUGCAGAGGAGCGCCGUGUAUGGUUGGAAGAGAAGGAGAAAGUCAUCGAAUACCAAAAGCAGCUCCAGCUGAGUUAUGUGGAGAUGUAUCAGCGUAACCAGCAGCUGGAACGGCGGCUUCGGGAACGAGGGGCCGCAGGAGGUGCCAGCACGCCUACCCCCCAGCAUGGCGAGGAGAAGAAGGCCUGGACCCCCUCCCGCCUCGAGCGCAUCGAGUCCACAGAAAUCUGAUGCUCUGUGUGCAGCCUUCUGACAAAUGCCCUGUCCGAAGGCCGGAGUCCCCAGUGUCCCCUUUGUCCAUUUCCCUUCCCCAUAUGCCGCAUUUCCCCAGACCAAAGAGGUUCUCAAAGCAGCUGUGACCAACACCUCGCCGCUCCCCCCACCCCCCAAGUCCACGCAGCUCUAGUACUGCCUUUGUGGACAGCUACUCCAGACCUUCCUGCCAAGGAGAGAGUGGGGGAGGAUGGAGUGCAUGGGGCCGAGGUCCCAGAUGAAAGGUGCAUGCCCCCAUAAUGGGAAGUCUCUCUUGUUGGAGAUGGACGCAGCAGGCUUGCAGUGCCAGGAAGUGCCCCCUGCUCUAUGGGGCUUUGGACUGCUGCUGUUGGCCACCUUGUGUCCAGUGCUGCUGUCUUCUCUCCUAGGCCUCCUGAGGGGGCCUGCACGGGUCUGCCAAUGCUGACAGAUCCUGGGCUCCUGGCCUCUCUCCUUCAUGUGGUAUUUUUCCUUCCCAGGCAGACUGGCAGGACAAAUGGGAGCAGAUGGUAUACCUGCAGUUGAGCAGGCUACCUGCCCAGCCCCUCCCCACUAAGGUAUCUUGGGCUCAGGCCUCAGAGCCUGGAGUGGUCAUAAGCAUGUGUCCCUCUACAUAUGUUGAGGAAGGAUAGGGCUGGAGCUGGAAGCUCAGCACCCAGAAGGAAUCUACCUUCCUGUUCUUGGGAAUAGUUACCUGGAGGCUUCUCAGCUCUGUCCUAACCCUUUGAGCCAAGAUCCUACAGGGUAACAGUCCCUGCUGCUUGGUUGACCCCACCAUACCAAGGGCCUCUGUUCAGCUCUUAAUUAUAGCUAUUAAGUGCUACCUUCCUCUUAGGCAUUCCAUUUGCCCCAUUUCUGAGGUCAGAUGGGUGUCCGAUGUCUUCCUGUGUUUCCCCCACUCUCCUCCCCCAGCCUCCUGCUUUCAUGCUCAUGUCAUCUCCCCAAGCUGCCUUUUCAUCAAAGUCUCACCUUUUCUUCCAGUAGAAAGUUCUGCUUGACAUUUGGUGCACUGCUCACUUCCCAGCUCCACUGGCCCAGGACUGACCUUGAGGCCCAGAGAGGCUGGGCAGUGUUGGAUGUGAUUGCCCUUGAAGAAUGAGGCUGACCUGAGAGGACCACUGACCCUUUGGUUGCUUGCCAAGCUCUGAGUUGGCUCAUUUGUCCAGGGAGGCCUGUCCUCACCCUUUAUCAGUACAGGUUGGGACAGUCAAUGUCACUUCUGUCUCUGGGGUCUCUCAGAUUCUAUCUCCCCAAGAUUGGAAGGGGAAUUCUAAUUCCUCUUCUAAGAAAGUAAAUUUCCAAUUCACCAGCAAUAACAAUCAGAGGUGGCUUGGCCCUCAGUCCUUGUAUUUCUUUUUUCACUCUCUUCUAACACCAAGAAUGAAUUUUGGGGGGCAGAAUGGAGAGAGUUGGCAGCUACUGUGAGUGAGUCCCCCAGCCUCUGACCAGCCUCUUCCCAUGACUGGUUACUGUUUGAUGAGCUGUGCAUCCCCCACAAAAACAGGAGUGCCUUCUUUGUGGCCUCCAACCUUCUUGCACAGCACCUUCUGGGUGGUCCUCAAUAGGCUUUUGACCUGAGUUGGAGGCCACUCUGGCAACCACUGCCCAUUCCACUAACCUCUCACUACACCUGCUCCAGAACCUGGGCCUGUGCCACAGGGGAUGAGAGAAGGCUUUAAUAAAAAAGGGAAAGAGGGAGAGAGGAAAAAAUAUGAACAGACUCAGCUUUGGGAUGUCCAACCACAAUAUAUAUAUAAAUAUAUAUAUAUAUAAAUAUAUAUCUACCAUAUGUGAUGGAAAGACUUCAUUUUCCUUUCCCAAAGAAAUAAAAUGGAGAAAGCCUCUUG